UGUGCGGAUCCAGGGGGUAUAUAUGCCGGUAGUACACCAGCCAAGAUAAACACUCGUAUCGGUCGUUAGAAGAGUUUAACGACGAUCUCACCAUGUACGCAUUAAUGAUAGUGAUAGCAAUUGCACCAAUUGCAUUGUCAGCAGCAGCUCCAGCAGAUGAUAUUAUCCCUAUAGUGAGCCAAACACAAGAUGGACCAAAUCCCGAUGGAUCUUACAAGUGGGCAUACGAAUCGGGAAACGGAAUAAAAGCCAGCGAAGAAGGACAAGUGGCUAAUCCUGAUAGUGAAAAUGCGGCUAUGCAAGCAACUGGUGAAUACUCGUAUCGCGGUGAUGAUGGACAAGAAAUAUCUGUUAAAUACACCGCUAAUGAAGAAGGUUUCAAACCUACAGGCGAUCAUUUGCCUACUGCUCCACCCGUACCUCCACUUAUACAGAAAGCACUUGAUUGGAUUGCCGCACAUCCUUCUAAAGAGGAUCAAAACAAUGUUUAAUGGAUUUAUCGAUUGUGGCUCCUGUGCUUUAAUGACUAUUAUAUUAUUAUGUACACUAUUUACGAAGGAUUUAUAAUUAUUCUCAUUACUAUUAUGUAUAUAUUUAUUGUGUUAAUAAUUGCAAUCAAUCGAUUAAUAAAUAAUUGACAAUCGAUCUUAA